AUGUCUAGCCAAUAUCCGACCACUAUGUCAUGCAUGGAUGCCUUCGACCAGCUGACUGGUUGCUAUUCAGUCGGUGGGCAAUUUCGUACUUACUAUCGUUAUGGGGAGUUCAACGCAUGUCAGAAACAGUUAGCCAAACUGAAGUUCUGCAUGUUUCAUGGUAAGGAUCCUAUUGCUGUUCAACAGUGGCACAAGGAACAGAUCGAAUUUAACCAGACUCAUAGAGGCAGUGCUGAUGACAUUUGGCAAGAACGUUAG